AGUGGAGUCACGUUCCAGCUGGAGAAUCGGCCGGACACGGAGCGGAGAAGAAGCGGCUGGACCAGCGGUCCCGAGCAGCAGAGAAGACUCGGGGAUCUGGACCAUCUCUUGGGCUCAGGAGGCUCGGACCCCGGACAUGGAGAGACGCUGACCAGGAGGCGGGAUGCCAGAGGAAGCUAGCAAAGACGCCAUGAGAACGCCAGCCGCUCCGGAGAAAGCGCCCAACAACGACGGCGCCACCACCAUCAACGUCCCGCUGGUCAACGAGGUCCAGCUGACCGCGGCCACCGGCGGCGCCGAGCUCUCCUGCUACCGCUGCACCGUUCCCUUCGGCGUGGUGGUCCUCAUCGCCGGGAUCGUGGUGACCGCCGUGGCUUACAGCUUCAACUCGCACGGCUCCACCAUCUCCUACUUCGGACUGGUCCUGCUGUCGGCCGGACUGGUGCUGCUGGCCUCCAGCGUGGUCUGCUGGAAGGUCCGCAUGGAGAGGAAGAAGGAGCGGCGGAGGGAGAGUCAGACGGCCUUGGUGGCCAACCAGAGGAGUCUCUUCGCCUGAAGGACGCUGCAGGGACCUUGCUGGAGAACAUUCCCUCACCUGGACGCAGAACACCAAUGACGUUCGUCAGUCUGAGGAGGCUUUGACAGACCGGAGAGGAGGGAGACCCGGGGCGGACCUGGACCAUGGGCUCCACUUCCUCCUGAGCUCAGAACUGACAUUUGAUCAGUGUCCCUGGGUCUGACAUUGGCCUGUCCGACGUUUGCCCUUCUGCAAACGCAUGAAUUAAAAUCCACUUUCAUAUUACUACCUUACCCAAGAGUCAUUUACUUUCUAUGUUUUUGAUUCAGAUCAUUUUAUAAACAUUUAUAUGCACACUGAUUUACUCUCUUUUUUAUGGAGUCAUUGUGUGGACGUGUUUCUUCACUUCUCCAGCUCAUUUUUUAUUCCCAUGUGGUCCUUUCAAAUAUUUUGUUUUAUCAAAUAACGUUUGUCAUGCAGUUGUCGACCUGUAUUUCUUUUGUUAAAACAUUUUUUGGCUGAUAUUUUGACCUGAUAAUCCAUAUGUAAAAUUGAAGUUUUUCAAAAAUGACUUAUGACCUGAAGGUGUUUUUAUCCCCAUGAACAGGUGACCUUUGAAUCAUUGAAACAGCGCCCCCUUCUGUUGGAGGCGGCUGAACCCGGGGGACAUGUAAACAACGACUGGACUGUUGCACGUGAAGGUAAGAAGCAGGUCACUGAUGUGGUCCCUGCAUUGACUUCAUCCAUCGUGUUUAAAAUGUAUUUUUAAAUAUCUAUUCUGCCACUUUUGAGAGGGAAAAGUUGUCUGUCUACACACCCCAGCUGAGUCUCGAUGGGCGCCUGGUUAGACUCGGGAGUGGAGCGGGAGCGGUAGAAGAGGUUGAGCACCCAGCCAGACCUCCGGCUGCUCAAAUAGCCUGGACGUGGAAGUGUAUUUAUAGGCUGCAUUCGCGUUGCUAUGCGUCCCUUCGACACCAGACACUACAGGUGGUGGGCCGUCCUGCGUCAGAGGGGAGACGUACGACGCGCUGGGAGAUCACCGGCACAGCGCCAGGCCUCGCUGGGAUCGCUAACACGUUUGUGAGACACGUGACACAGCCGGCGUCUGCGGCGGAGGAAGCCGCGCUGCGAGCUGGAAAAACUUGAUAUGAAUUUGGACAGGUGCUCGGCCGUCUCUGCUGGCACCUCCGGCCCUCACGUGGUUGUUAUUCCACUCACCGCCGCGUCGUCAUGUUAGCUUCUCAGCACACGGCGCUGGAAGUCAUGGAUACGGAGACGAUGAUAAUUAUAGACGGAGGCCCUCCUGUUGACAAGGCUGAGGGGGGGGGCGGGGACUCCCUGGAAAGGACUCCGUGCGGCCAAGUGAAGCCUGGAGCACACCUGAAUGCAUGCUAGUUAGAGCAGCGUUUCUUCACGCCGCGCGGAUGUUCAGCUGCUGCGAGAGUGCGACUGGAACAACAAGCCUCAAAUGUUGGCGUCAGAGCGAGCAGGUUAACUCAACCCAGCAGAGAGGAAUGCCCCCCCGACGCGGUGGGCUGCUCAGAUGGCUGUCGGCUAGGCUCCGGCUCUGACCUGAUGCGACCUGGACCCCAGUAAUCCCCAGCUCGUUAGGUUUAAUUGCGUUGGAUUUCAACAAUGGAGGAAUUUCAGACGUCACUUUGGGUUCUUCAAGUUUUUGAUCCACUGUAGGGAACUGUUUUGUGCCGGUACCGACCCGUCUCCUCCCUCUGCCCUCCUCCGUGGAGCCGUCCGGCUCAGCUAUGCUGCACACAAACAACUCCUGGACGUCCUCCUCGAUGCUUGAGCUCUACCCCGAGUCUCAGACCGGUGACUGGACUGGACCCUCGAGUAGCUGUCAGACACGAGUCCGAGCUGACCUGCAGCGUCCACUGAACCCGCCCUCAAUGCCAAACCUGAUGCGAUGAGUUCCGUCUGAAACACGCCAACAUAACUUCCUUCAGCAUCAGACAAGCGUUAGCAUAAUCGCUCCCAGCCGCGCGUCUGCUCUCUCAUAUGUUCCGCCAGGGAGAUCCUUCAACCGCCCGGGCACGAGUGCUAGCUAAAGAGUUUGAGCUUAACAAACAUGUGUACUGGUCGUUUUGUUCGUUUUUUCACUCUGUUAAACUUGUGGCUGAGAUAAUAACAGGAUGGUUAUUAGGGCAGCGCCUCCUGCUGGUGAACAUCACAGAACGUGAGGCUUAGAUUCCAGGUUCAGCAGCUUCUGAGGAGAAGCAGAUGAGAUCCAUGUGUGGAAGCUGGGGCGAGGUGCGGGUCGUGUCCUUCUCUGUGGCGAUUGUGUUUCUGCUCUGACGCACUGGUGAUGCACCAGAGAGUUUCUUCAUCCUGAUCAGUGACAGACGCUCUUUCUUCUGGACAAGCUGCUUCGAAUGUUGUCAGACACCAGCGCUGGACUCAGACACAAGCCAGAGCAAGGUCAGAGUUCAACCUCGUCCACCCGCCCUCAACUCCCACAGCUCAACACUCUUUCCCAGGAUUUCUGAGUCAACACUUCUGCCGUGUUUCAGGACAUGACAUUUUUGUAAAAUACUGUAAAGUUUGUGAAUGAAUUAUGGACACUUUAAGUGAUGGUAUUUUUUAAAUCUUCAGUCAUCGACUCUAAUCUGUUAUCGACAUAUGAAGAAUUUAUCAUUUAUUUUGACUUUGCACUGCUGUCUGUAUAUGGCUGUUUUAUAAUUUAAUACUGUUAUUGUUGUUAUUAUUAUAGUGUCCAUCCUGUGUGCACACUUCUUUGUCUUAA